AUGGAGACGCGUCAGGGACUGCUGCUGUGGCUGCUGCUGAGUGUAAGUGGGGUGAGGGCCUCCAGGGGGCCCCCGCGGCCACUGUGCCGGCCCAUCAACGCCACCCUGGCUGCCGAGAAUGAGGCCUGCCCUGUCUGCAUCACCUUCACCACCAGCAUCUGCGCCGGCUACUGCCCCAGCAUGGUGCGUGUGCUGCCGGCAGCCCUGCCCCCCGUGCCUCAGCCUGUGUGUACCUACCGAGAGCUGCGCUUUGCCUCCAUCCGGCUCCCUGGCUGCCCACCUGGGGUGGACCCCAUGGUCAACUUCCCUGUGGCCCUGAGCUGCCGCUGUGGGCCCUGCCGCCUCAGCAGCUCUGACUGUGGGGGACCCAGGGCCCAACCCCUGACCUGUGACCUCCCCCAGCUCCCAAGCCUUCUCUUCCUCUAAUGAUCCUCCUCACAAUCCCUAUAAGCACCCUAAUUUCUAAGCCCACAGAUGCCCUAACCUUCCUCUCCAAAUAAAGGCUUCUCCAUCUGCUCUUGGUGUCCUUUGGGUCCAGGGACACCUCCCCCACUUAUCAGGGGUCCAGG